AACGCGCUGGUCCCUCAGUCCCUGGUCCCUCCGCAGCCCCGUUAAAAGCUAGGUGUCCCCGGAGAUGAGCCGCAAGAGGCAUCACCUGGUCUCGGAGACCUUUGGGCUGAAAAGGCGGCGUGAGCGGAGAGAUGGAAAAGCGGAUCCUCUGAGGGGUGAGACAGGGUCGGCGCGCGCGGCCAUCGCGGAGCUGGUGCGACUGUUCCCGCGGGGCCUGUUUGAGGAUGCCCUACCGCCCAUCGCUCUGAGAAGUCAGCUGUACAGCCUCGUGCCCGACCGCACGGCGGCGGACAGGCAGCUGAAGGAGCUUCAAGAGCAGGGAGAGGUCCGGGUCGUCCAGCUGGGCUUCGACCUGGACGCACAUGGGAUCAUCCUCACCGAGGACUACAGGACCAAGGUUCUGGAGGCCUGUGAGGGCCGACCGUAUGCUGGGGCCGUGCAGAAGUUUCUGGCUGAAGUCCUCCCAGCCUGUGGGGACCUUAGCUUCCAGCAGGACCAGAUGACGCAGACCUUCGGCUUCAGGGACCCAGAGAUCACGCAGCUGGUGAAUGCUGGCGUCCUCACUGUCCGGGAUGCUGGGAGCUGGUGGCUGGCCGUGCCUGGAGCUGGGAGAUUCAUCAAAUACUUUGUUAAAGGCCGCCAGACUGUCCUCGGCAUGGUCCGGAAAGCCAAGUACCGGGAGCUGCUCCUGUCAGAGGUUCUGAGCCGGCGGACCCCUGCCGCCGUACGGCUCGGCCUCUCCUACCAUGUGCAUGACCUCAUUGGGGCCCAGCUGGUGGACUGCAUCUCCACCACGUCCGGAACCCUCCUCCGCCUGCCAGAGACCUGAGGACCCUGCUCAUCGCUGCAUUCCUCCUCCAACUGGGCAGGGGGGCCCAGGACUGCAGCCCCUGGUGCCUGAGACGGGUCACCUUGGGAAGGCGUGGGAGCUGGCUGAGUGUUGGGCUGCCGUCUGUGCAGAGGCUCAGACCUGGCUGCUGCCGUUCGUUUACGUGGGCUCCGACCCAGGGGGGGAUUUGGAGCACGCCUCUCUGCCCUUCCAAGAUGUGGGGCCAGAGACAGGACCCAGGCUGUGGCUCCCGCUUUUCCUGUGGAGGAAGUACUGAUGUCCACUCUUUCUCAAAAUGAGAAGAGGAGCUUUCUGGGUAAACGGGUGAAGGACGGCAAACUUUGCUUCCUGGUCUUGGUGCUGAAACUGGCAAAUAAAGCCCCUCUGCCUACGAGGUUUUCGGAA